AAAUGGCUGAGAAAUGAGUUUUUAAAGUGAAAUAAUAUUUUAAGCUGAAAAGCAUCUUAGGCUUGAUUGGUUUUUGUUGCUACUUCUAACAAUGGUAAAAUGAUGCUUUUCUGAUCCCUGAAGAAGUAGAAGACUUGGCGCCUGGAAAUUCGAAGCCAGAAGAAAAUAAAGCAAUCGUGUUCUUUUCUUGACAAAUAUAAAAGUAAUUUAUUCUUUGCUUAUCUGAAUAUCUUUCUUUCUUUAGUCGUAAAGAAAGAAAAUCAAGAUAGACGAAUUUGCACUUUUUUGUCAUUUUAUACUCUUCAAUCCUCACCAUUCGUCCGCCCCUCGCUGCAUAUUACUUUUCAGAGAGCUAUUUUGAAGUGGUCAUCCUUUGCCGUGUCUACCAUUGUGCUUCUUUGCUCAUUGGUCUUCAUUCAAGAGGGAGUCAUAUGCUGCUGCUGUGAUUUUUGUCGGGUAGUAAAACAAGCAAAACAAAACCAAAAAACUAAGAGGGAAAUCUUUUUGGUCGACUAGUGAACAAUAAUGGCUAGUUUGUCCAGCGGCUCGCCGUACAGACGGCGAAAUGAUGUGGAGGCUGGCCAUUGGGAGGACGACUACGAGGAUAGUCCUUUUCAUAUACCUAGAACAAAAACCGCUUCUGUAGAACGUCUGCGCCGCUGGAGGCAAGCGGCGCUUGUGCUUGAUGCUUCUCGUCGAUUUCAAUACACUUUGGACAUCAAAAAGGAAGAAGAGAAAAAGAAAAUUCUAGAAAAAAUAAGAGCACAUGUGCAAGCCAUACGAGCUGCAUACGUUUUUAGCUUUAAAGCUAGCGCACCAACGAAUGCCCGCUUAAGGGCUGAUUUGUGUUUCCCAUUGUGGAAAUUCAUAGCAUUCCAUCCAAAACCUAGUGGUGAUUUUGGAAUUGGACGAGAUGAACUGUGUACAAUGAUGAGGGAUCACGAUUUCUAUACUUUGGAGCGAAUUGGGGGGGGGGGCCGGGGGCGGGGGGUAAAUGGGGUUUCAGAUCUUUUAAAAACAAAUGUAGAAAAGGGGAUUCUUGGGGAUUAUGCUGAUUUACUCAAACGAAGGAAUGAAUUUGGAUCCAACAACUAUCCCCAGCCAAAAGGAAGAAGCUUUUGGAGGUUCCUUUGGGAAGCUUGUCAAGAUUAUACUUUGAUUAUAUUGGUGGUGGCUGCAGUGAUUUCUUUGGCUUUGGGUAUACGUAAAGAGGGUAUUAAGAGAGGAUGGUAUGAUGGGGCUGGCAUUACAUUUGCUGUUAUUAUUAUCAUUGUUGUGACAGCCACAAGUGAUUACAGACAAUCUCUUCGGUUCCAAAAUAUAAUUGCAGAGAAGAGAAACAUACAUUUGCAGGUUAUAAGGGGUGGUAGAAGAGUUGAGGUAUCUAUAUUUGAUGUUGUCGUUGGUGAUGUUGUGCCACUAAACAUUGGUGACCAGGUACCUGCCGAUGGAAUUUUGAUCAUUGGUCACUCUCUUGGAAUUGAUGAAUCAGCCAUGACUGGGGAGAGCAAGAUUGUUCACAAGAACUCAAGGUUACCAUUUCUAUUGUCUGGCUGCAAAGUGGCAGAUGGUUGUGGCACAAUGCUGGUAACAAGUGUUGGGAUUAAUACUGAAUGGGGGUUGCUCAUGGCUUCUAUCUCAGAAGACACUGGUGAAGAAACACCCAUGCAGAUUCGCUUAAAUGGGAUUGCAACUUUCAUUGGUAUUGUUGGAGUUGCUGGAGCUAUUGGUGUCUUGGUUGUCCUUUUGAUCAGAUUCUUUACUGGCCACACCAAAAAUCCUGAUGGAAGCAUUCAGUUUAAACGAGGCAAGACCAUUGCCAAUGAUGCUGCAAAUGGAACCAUUAAAAUUAUAAGCAACUCUGUUGGCAUUGUUGCUGAUGCUGUCGAUGCAGUCAUUAAAAUUCUUUCUAUAAUGGUUACCAUUGUUGUCGUUGCAGUGCCUGAAGGACUUCCCUUAGCUGUUACCUUAAUUCUGGCCUAUUCAAUGAGAAAAAUGAUGGCGGAUAAGGCCUUGGUGCGCACGCUUUCAGCCUGUGAAACAAUGGGCUCUGCAACAACUAUUUGCAGUGAUAAGACUGGCACCUUAACCUUAAAUCAGAUGACUGUCCUUAGUACUUAUAUUGGUGGACAAAAAAUUGAUCCUCCAGACAGCAAGUCUGAGUUGCCUCCUAUGUUGUCAACUUUACUUAUUGAAGGCAUUGCACAGAACACAAAUGGCAGUGUUUUUGUUCCUGAGGGCGGAGAAGAUUUAGAGGUUUCUGGUUCACCAACAGAAAUGGCUAUUCUAAUUUGGGGAGUCAAGCUCGGAAUGAAUUUUGAUGCUGUUCGAUCAGAAUCUACUAUCAUUCAUGUCUUCCCAUUCAACUCAGAGAAAAAAAGAGGUGGUACAGCACUGCAUCUGCCUGAUUCUCAAGUGCAUAUACACUGGAAGGGAGCUGCUGAAAUAAUCUUAGCCUUAUGUACGAGGUACAUUGACGCAAAUGAUCAUAUACUGCCAAUGGAUGAAGAUAAGAAGUUAUUUUUUAAACAAGCUAUUGAUGAUAUGGCAGCUGGUAGUUUGCGUUGUGUUGCCAUAGCAUAUAGAUCAUAUGAAAUUGAGAAGACUCCAGUUGAUGAAGAAGAGCUAACUCAAUGGGCGUUACCAGAGGAUGAUCUCAUUUUGCUUGCUAUUAUUGGCUUAAAGGACCCAUGUCGACCAGGUGUCAAAGAAGUAGUGCGAUUGUGUCAAAAUGCUGGUGUUAAGGUGCGAAUGAUCACCGGUGACAAUCUUAAAACUGCUAAAGCAAUCGCUUUGGAAUGUGGGAUACUAAGUUCAGACGAAAAUGCUAGGGAACCUUAUCUUAUUGAAGGAAGUGUAUUUCGUCGCUACUCAGAGGAAGAAAGAAAAGCAAUUGCUGAGGACAUCUUAGUGAUGGGACGGUCUUCUCCAAAUGACAAACUUCUACUUGUUCAAGCAUUGCAAAAGAGGAAACAUGUUGUCGCUGUAACAGGAGAUGGCACAAAUGAUGCUCCUGCAUUACAUGAGGCAGAUGUUGGUCUUUCAAUGGGCAUUCAAGGUACAGAAGUUGCUAAAGAGAGUUCUGAUAUUGUAAUUCUGGAUGACAACUUUGCUUCAGUGGUGAAGGUUUUCCGAUGGGGUAGAUCUGUAUAUGCAAAUAUUCAGAAGUUCAUCCAGUUUCAACUUUCAGUUAAUGUUGCAACCAUCAUUAUAAAUAUUGUGGCUGCAAUUUUUUCUGGUGAGGUCCCAUUGAAUACUGUGCAGCUUCUCUGGGUUAAUCUUAUUAUGGACACUCUUGGGGCAUUGGCAUUGGCUACUGAGCCACCUACAGAUCACCUUAUGCAUAAGCCCCCUGUUGGUCACAGGGCACCUCUAAUAACAAAUAUCAUGUGGAGGAACCUUCUGAUCCAGACAAUUUAUCAGGCAAGUGUAGUGCUUGUCCUUGCCUUCCGAGGGAGGAGUUUAUUAGGCCUGCAGCAUCAAAGUGCUGAACAUGCAAACAAAGUGAACCAUACCAUAAUGUUCAAUGCAUUUGUGCUUUGUCAAAUCUUCAAUGAAUUUAAUGCCCGACAACCAGAUGAAAAGAAUAUUUUUAAAGGAAUCACAAAAAAUCAUUGGUUCAUGGGGAUAGCUGCAGUAGAAAUAAUUCUUCAGUUCAUUAUAGUUGAGUUCAAUAGGAAGUUUACUUCAACAGUGGGACUUAACUGGAAGCAAUGGCUAAUUUCAGUUGCUAUUGGUUUUAUGAGCUGGCCGCUUGCAUUCUUUGGCAAACUGAUACCUGUUCCAGAAACCCCUCUGCUUACAGAAACCCCCCUGCUCAAGCUCUUUUCAAGGAGAUUUCGUCGACUUAGAAAUUAUCUAAGAACCAUCUGUAAAUCCCGAAGCCGCGAUGAUUUAUAGCACUGAUGUUAACCUGUAUGUUAGAAAAAAUAAGUUCGUUAGUGCUUCUUCUCCUUUCGUUUGCGUUAAGAGGAUGAUGAAAAUCUCAGAUCAAUUUCCAGCAACAAUUCCAUUUUUCUUUUAAAUAUUUCAGUGAUCGCCAAAUCACAGUUAAAACUUGGAAGACUUGUUCUGUUGGCUUGGUAUAUACUUUGUAUAGAUAGAUUGUGUGUGCAUAUGAAUAAUCAUUUCAAUGAAAUGUUAUAAGCCUUUGGUAUUCUUAACUCAUUAAGCUUGAAGAGUUAAUAUCUUCCUUUUGUAUCAAACACAAUCAAACAUGUUCUUUGAGGAAUUGCUUAUUGACAUUUCAUUGGAACAAAUAAUGGGCGGCAAAUAAUGCUAGUGGAAACUGGAAAGCUCUGUGAGUGAUUCUAAAAGCUCUGUUAUUUAUUUACUAUUUUUAU